ACUCAAGGUGUUUUAUUGUGAAAGUCCUGAGCGGAAGUGACCCCUUCUGUCUCUAACUUGAUGAUGUUACAGUGAGAAACUUGCUGCAGACUCUCGGAGGUCCAGACUCUGAGAGGUGUUGUGUUUACAGGUGUCACCGGUGUGUUUGUUUACCUGCAGCUCCUCCGUCUCUCACCUCACUUUAGCUCACUUUAGCUCCGGAGCUAACUGACCUCUUACCUGACGGCAGGCUGGAGCUGCCCGGCCGGAGUGCCGCUGAGCAAACCGCCACAGACCAAUGAACCGUGAGUACACACUACCUACGAGGCUACAGAGUGAAAGUCAGGGGCACAGGUGUGUUUUAGGGUGGGAUGAAGCUCAGGUGAAGCUCAGGUAUUAGCACAUUCCUCCUGUGAGGGAAGCUAACCUCCGCUAAGCUAGCUGGUUCCAUUAUCGGACAGGGUUUAGUUGGCGCAGCAGAGAGGCUGAACUUUGACCUUAAACCGUGAGUUUAGUUAAUAAUCGUAUUUUUUAAAGGUUAAUAAUCGGAGCAGGGUUAAUGUUCGAGUCAGCCCAGCGAACUGUCAGCGUGUUUUUACCCGGAAAACAAACCGAACCGUCGGUCCGGUCACCUCUCUGCAGCUUUAUCUGGAUUAUUUUUAAUUAUUUUACAGUCAUGUUGAUUAAAUGUUCUCAGUUAACAUUAAAUUAAAAAUUAAAAGUGUUUUUUUUAAUCAUCUCAGAGUCUGUUGAAUCCUACAAGCUCUGUUUAAACUGUGAUUUCUCAAUGGCUAAAGAUAAGACAAAUCUCGCUUGAAAUCUGGCAUUUUAGGCCAGAUUAAAGUGAAACAGAAAUUUACCACACAUUUAUGAAAAAAGAGUUCCUUUAUGCUAUCGUGAUAAUUUAUCUUUUCAUUCGGCUGAAAAAUAAAGAUUGAAAUCCGUUUAAAUAGAGCAGAAUGACAUUGUUUAUUACAGGUCCUCCGUGCUGCAGUUUGUGAACAUAGUGCGUGUUUUUGUGAGUAACAGGUGAUUAAAGUCUGAAAGAUGGCGCUAAAACCAGAGGAAAUAAACUCCUCUGUGUGCAGAACUGAAGAGAAAAUCCACCUGAAUUAAAAGGCAUUUUAAAUAAAAUGACAUUUAAUCUGCAGCCUGUUGAAUUUAAGGGAGAAGCUUAAAAUGUUCGAAUCAUGAAUGGAGUUUUGCUGAGGAAGCAAAUGGAGGAUUAAUUUCUCCCUUUAACUUCUUAUUUUGUUUUUCUUUUAAUCCAGAAUGAUUAAAGUGUGUGAGAAUGAAGAGGAGGGGGCUGAGUGAAUUACUGACCCACUCACCUCAGACUUAUUAACCAGGAGAUCACCUGACACCUGUCCUCUCUGUAACAGUCACUAUCUCAGGUGUCUCACUAUGUGAUGUUGAUUUUCUGCAUAACUGGACUGUAAUAAAAGGUUAUUUAACAUCAAAUACACGUAUUGGCAAACAUAUCUUUUUUGGUAAAACUGUACAGAGUCACAGUGGAAACUCCAGCUCGGACGAUAUGCUUUUUUUCUUCUACGAUUUUUUGUGUGCCAAUUCGAUUAAAAUUGCGAUUCUACGAUAUUGUCGACUCUCUUAGAUUUUUAGUCUGCAUUUCUAACACCAGUGAAACAGUUGAAUGAUUAUGAUUGUGUACUGACUAUUCCAGGAAAACAUAUUUCCCAAAAAAAUACACACCACAUGUGAGUCAGUUUUCAAGAUUUUUUAUUUAAUUCAAACAAAAAAAAAUUGAUUUAAAAAUUGCAAGACCUAUGUGAAUCAAUUUUUUCUCCCACCCCUAAUAGAAACACAUUCAAACCAAAAAGUAAAUUCAAAGUGAAAACAACAUGAAGAGGGGAGGAUGUGUCUGAAGUUAAUGAUCUUAUAAAGUCAAAGGUCGCCUCUUGUAGGGUGAAUAUUUCACUUAAACAUCGUAAAAAUCCGAACUGUGUUCAGAUUUAUGGAGCCACUUUACGGGGGCGUGGUGCACAUGUAUUGUCUGAUCAUACUCCGACUACGCUAGUUACAUGGUAGAGAAAAUCGAAUUCCAAUCACAUUAUCUGGGUGUCUUAAUAAGGCGAUAAUUCGGUUUUCUUGAGUGUCAUGGAAACAUACAGACUGAUUCCGAAAUUUUACCAGUAAUAUGCGUUUUACUAAAACGGCUGUAAAGUCGUCUGGUGUGUUGCACAUGUGCAGGACUAGACCGGCAAAGAGAAACCGCUUUGUCCAAAGGGGGCGCCAAAAUCAACACAAACAGAGCUCUGGGUGUGACUCUCUCUCUCUCUCUCUCUCUCUCUCUCUCUCUCUCUCUCUCUGUAGCGGUGUGAUGUGAGGCGAUGCUCGCUCGUCCAUCAUGGCGAGUGUCACACUCAGGUACUUCUGUUAUGGCUGCCUCGUCACCUCGGCGACUUGGUCCCUCCUCCUCUUCCUGUACUUCUCUCUGGGGGCGGAGCCCGGCCAUGGCAGAAUGCCGCUGCAGCAGCACCGUAGCCAGCCAAUCACCAAGGGCCUGGCAGAGCGAAGGGCGGGACGUUGGCCUCAUCCAGCCAAUAAGGGAGCAGAGCUGUCACCAGAGAUGGGUGAGUUACGUCUUUCCUGUUCGGUCCACUCAAUAUGUCUCAAUCACAGAAAAUAUGUGCAUUAAGUUUAUAUACUGUGUGUGUGUGUGUGUGUGUGUGUGUGUGUGUGUGUGUGUGUGUGUGUGUGUGUGUGUUUGCAGGGAUGAUCUUUAAUGAGGCUGAUCAGGAGCUCAGAGACACCGGCUACCAUCGACACGCCUUCAACGUCCUCAUCUCCACCAGACUGGGAUACCACCGAGACCUGCCGGACACCAGAGACCCUCAGUGAGGACACACACACACACACACACACACACACACACACACACACACACAGACAUAAACAGGAUUCCGCUCGGAGGGUUGUGUGUGUGUGUGUGUCUGUGUGUGUGUGUGUGUGUGUGUGUUUGUUUCUAAUGUCAAGGACGAGCGUUUAUGUUGAAACUUGACCAACCCGCCGACUUUCUGACCUCCUGCUGUUACAGGAUGAGCUAACCCUGACUCAACUGGCUGACAGCUGGUUAAUGGAUUAUCUCUGUGUGUGUGUGUGUGUGUGUGUGUGUGUGUGUGUGUGUGUGUGUGUGUGUGUGUGUGUGUGUGUGUGUGAGUUGCUCUCAGUAAAGCUGUCACAUGACGUUUCCGUCCUCUAUAAACCAACUUUAUUGACGUCUCCGUUGUAAACACUUUCUUCAUCUGCACACUGACCCUCACACAGUUUUACCAGGUAACAGCUGGUAAAAGAGAAAAACAGCUUUUUUAUUCUGAAAUAAUCAGAAAACUGCACAUAACAGUCAGCAAAUGGUUUAGCAGUGUAAACAGCUGAUAACUUCUUAUAACUGGGACUGUGUGAUAUUGAACAACUGGUCACUGGUAGUUUAUAGCUGGUUACUGAUGGUAAUCUUCGUGUCGGUGAUGGUGAACAGCUGAGUUGAUCUCUCUGUACAGGUGCAGAGAUAAGGUGUACCCUCUGGCUCUACCUUCGGCCAGCAUCGUGAUCUGUUUCUUCAACGAGGCGUUCUCCGCCCUGCUGAGGACGGUCCACAGUGUGAUGGACAGAACACCUGCGUACCUGCUGCAUGAGAUCAUCCUGGUGGACGACCACAGCGAGCUCGGUAACACGCGUGUUUUUAACCUUUUUAUUUCCAUCAAAGUUCAUUUGAGGCGGACAGAGUGUCUGAUCUUAUGUCUUGUUUGUGAUUGGUUGUUUGUGAUUGGUUGUUUCUGAUGGGGUGACCGGGUUUCAACAAGCCAAAUAUGGGUUUAAGGAAGGUUCUAGCGACGUCACAGAAAGUCUGCCUGAAUUAUCCCGAGUUUUCAGACCGAAUGUCCUGAUUACACCGGGUCAAGCCCCGCCUCCUGAAUCCUGCUCUCGUUCUGAUUGGUUCUGAUGUCUCUGAUUGAUUCUUGUCGGAUCUGGUUCUUCCAGAGGAGCUGAAGGGAGAUCUGGAUCGGUACCUCAAGGAGGAGCUUCAUGACAAAGUGAAAGUUGUGAGGAACCAGAAGAGGGAAGGACUCAUCCGAGGACGCAUGAUAGGAGCCUCACAUGCAACUGGUACAUCCUUCCCUUCUACCCUUUUCACCCAUAUUGUCCUUGUCUCCUCUCCUGUUAUUCCUCCUACAUCCUAACUCCUUACAUACUAACUACACAUCCUUAAGUCCUCGUUCUGUAGAUCCUUCACUAUUCCUCCAUCUUCCUUACUUCCUCUACCUUUAUGUCCUUGUUUCCUGUGCCCUUACACCCUACACACUAGAUCUGUGCUUCCUGUGUGUCCAGGUGAGGUGCUGGUCUUCCUGGACAGUCACUGCGAGGUGAACACCGAUUGGCUGCAGCCUCUGCUCACGCCGAUCAUGAAGGACCAUCACACGGUGGUCUGUCCCGUCAUCGACAUCAUCUCCGCCGACACGCUCACCUACUCCCCCUCCCCCAUCGUCAGGGGGGGGUUCAACUGGGGGCUGCACUUCAAGUGGGACCCCGUCCCCCCUGCCCAGCUCAACGGGCCCGAGGGUGCGGCUGGACCCAUCAGGUAACCAAUCAGAGAACCACUUAUGUGAUCAGGUGACCAGUUAACCAGUGGAAUGACCUUGUGACGAUCGGUUAACUGUUGUGUUGUUUUUGUCGGCCUGUUUUCAUUUUAUUUUUAGUCUUUGAGUCAAAAUGUCUUUUUAGUUUUAUUAGUUUUAGUUCAAAAUCAUUUUUGUUUAAUGAAGUGUUAGUCGACUGAAACUCUGAGCAUUUUAGUCUAGAGUUAGUCAGAAUAACCCAUGACUAUUUCAGUCGAGUUUAAGUCAAUGGUUUUAAUCUCGUCUUAAUAAUGUAAUUCUGUUUAACCCAGUUAAAAUAGUUAUAAUGUAUAUAUUUAUAUAUAUAUAUUAUAUAAUAUAAUACGAUGCUAUUUUGUCAUAGUGUUCGUUGACAAAAGCAACACUAGUUAACUGAUUAACAUGUUGAUCAGUUAACGAGCUAAAUGUUAAAAAAUGAGUGAAUGUACUACGAUAAGAGCUAGCUAAAGAGCUAACCAAAAACUAGUCGACUGUUUGGAUAUCAAACUAACCGAUCGAGAAACAGUUCGCCUUUCAUUCAGGUGACUAGUUUACCAGCUGAUCCAUCAAUAAUGUAACUAGCUGUCUAAUCAGGUAACAAGUUACGUGAGAUUAAACUCGCCCAGCUGACUUAUUAGCUAACAUGCUAACAUGCUAAUCGGCUCACCGUUUCGUCACGUAACUAAAUAACCAGCUAACUUUCAAGUUAUUAUCUAAUCAGUUAACUAACCAGGAGACUUGAUAAGUUAACCUGUUUUUCUUCCCCCCCCCCCAGGUCUCCCACCAUGGCAGGCGGUCUCUUCGCCAUGAACAGGAAGUACUUCAACGAGCUAGGCCAAUACGACGCAGGCAUGGACAUCUGGGGCGGGGAAAACCUGGAGAUCUCCUUCAGGGUGAGUACUGUGAUUCACCGACCGCCAGUGAAGGUAACGCCGUUUACAAAUAACGAAAAACUGUGACAGUGACCCCUGGUGGUGAUUUAUGGGAAAACACGAAACAGUCAUUUUCUCUUUGUCCCGAUAGUGCUGUAAAAACAAAUAUGUGUGUUUCUCUCUCUCUCUCUCUCUCUCUCUCUCUCUCUCUCUCUCUCUCUCUCUCAGAUCUGGAUGUGUGGCGGUCAGCUGUUGAUCGUCCCAUGCUCCAGAGUCGGUCACAUUUUCAGGAAGAGACGCCCGUACGGCUCGCCGGGGGGGCAGGACACCAUGGCACAUAAUUCCUUGCGGUUGGCCAACGUGUGGAUGGAUGAGUACAAGGUAUACACACACAAACACACACACACACACACACACACACACACACAUUUAAGAGUGUGUUAGCGGUAAACCAGACUGUUGGUGACAUCACUUCUUGUGGUCCAAUCAGGAGCAGUAUCUGUCUCUGCGCCCUGAGCUGAGGGAGCGGAGUUUUGGCGAUGUUAGCGAGCGUGUGGCGCUGAGAAAGCGGCUGCAGUGUCACUCGUUCAAAUGGUACCUUGACAACGUCUACCCGGAGAUGCAGACUGUUGCCAACGGCAACAAGCAGCAGCCUGUCUUCAUCAACAAAGGACUGAAACGUCCAAAAGUCCUGCACAGAGGACGGGUACUUAAACGCAUCAUUCUGUGUUUCUCCGCCGCUCAUGUUUUCAGACCUUUUUUUUAAACUUUAUUGACACACAUCCUGGAGGACGAUGAUGUCGUCUCACUGAACAAAUCUCACUCACACUUUCUUUGUCCGCCAUCUUUCAGCUUCGCAACCUCGCAACCGGGCGCUGCCUGGUGGCUCAGGGCCGACCGAGUCAGAAGGGCGGAGUGGUCGUCCUGCGACCAUGUGACCCUCGAGAUCCUGAACAGGUGAGCCCCCUAAAGGUUACUGCGUCAGGUGGUCCAUCCUUUUAGACCAGCAGGAGAACCGGGUCUGUUGACGUGACCCGUGUUUAGGGUUGGGUAUCGAGAAUCGAGAAUCGUGGGAAUCGAGACUAAAACUUCGAUUCUUCUGGUAUCGUUCAAAUAUUAAAAUUUCGAUUCCAAGUUUCGAUGCCAGAGUCCGCCGACCGGAAGAAAUAGCCGCCGAAAAUCAACGAAGAAGAAGCCGCUUAACACCAACGAGGACGGAGCGUAUGAGACAAAGCCACACAGAGAGAGGAGAGAGACAGAGAGAGAAAGUACAUUGUAACCCACAGCAAUGCAGCCGCUGUGGGUUACAAUCUCUCUCUGUCUCUCUCCUCUCUCUGUGCGGCUUCGUCUCGUACGCUCCGUCCUCGUUGGUGUUCGGCAGCUUCUUCUUCGUUGGUCAAAAGUUUGGCUAACUUUAGCAGGAAGAAUGAGCUCUUAUCUCAAUGCAACAUUAGCAAUACAGUUAUAUCAUGCAAAGGAGGGUAAACGACCAACAUGAUUAAACACCUCAGGAUUCAUGGAGGAGAAAUACCCGAGUGCUCGUCUUUGACGCGCUUCGCCGGUGUUGUGUCGUAGAAUGCACCCCUGACGGGAGCGCGGUUGAAAGUACACAACAAGGCGAAACAAUCCAAGUUUUCCUUACCGUUGGACGGAAUCUAAAGCGUGUGCCUUUAAUGAUUUCAUUCAGGCUAUUCAGAUAUGCCGAAAACAAUAGCCCUCUGAUUCAGAAUAUUUACUGUCCUGAAAAUAUAAUGUUCUCUACAUUAACAGCUUACCCUGCCGUUUAUAUACCCAAGUACACCUCUAUGUGUGCGUUUCUGAGACACAGAAAAACGAAACGAAAGUUUACUGCUCCAUUUGACACGUUUUCAUGAUCUAAUACUCGUGUUUUUUUAAAUAUGAGAUCAUUGUCUUCCACUUUAAGAAGCUAAUCAGUGGAGGGGAGGCAUUCUACAGCACAACACCUGUCUUCCGCUAACCAGUCAGGAUCAGAUAAGUGAAACAAUAAAUGACUUCUGUCCUCUGCUAACUUUGAAACGGUAAAGAAAUUGAACUGUGUACGGUGGGUCAACUUAAAUAUCCACCUAACGUUAGCCCUUGUACUUUUUCAUAGACAAACGACCUGAAAACAAAAAAUGAUAUUUAUAUACUGGUUGAAAAUGUGAGAAAUUCAUAGUAAAGUUCCUAAAAAGUUAAUAUGAUUUAAAAAUUCAUGGAGAAGUUCAGAAAUUACAACCAAAAGGAAGAGCUCCGGUUAGCGCCCUCAUUCAAACCAUGCUUUUUUUUUUAUGAUAUCCUGCCUUUUAAAAGAAUCGAAAUAAAGAAUCGAUAGGAAUCGAAAUCGAAAUGAGGAAUCGAAAUCGGAAUCGGAAUCGUUCAAAAUCAAACGAUACCCAACCCUACCCGUGUUUGUGUUUGUUUAGGAGUGGGCCUACGAUGAGGAGGGUCAGCUGGUCCUGGCGGGUCUGCUGUGUCUGGACGUGUCAGAGGUCAGGACCUUUGACCCCCCCAGACUGAUGAAGUGUCACGGCUCAGGGGGGUCCCAGCAGUGGAGCUUAGGGGUGAGACACACACACACACACACACACACACACACACACACCUGAGAAUAGGGUCUAGGUCGAUAAAUACUGAAGUUCCUCUAACCCCCAAUUUCCACCUUCAUUCUGAUCGUAGCUGAUCGUAAUUGGCGGGCAGUGAAAACCGCCGCUGUUCCGGAUGCCGUGAAAAUUGGGGGUUCAGUUCGUUUUUUUUAACAGUUCAGCGUUUGUAAAUGAGACCUCUGUGUUUCUCUCUCUCUCUCUCUCUCUCUCUCUUCCUCUCUCUCUCUCUCUCUCUCUCUCUCUCUCUCUCUCUCUCUCUCUCUCCUGUAGAAGUCGAAUCGUCUCUAUCAGGUGUCGGUCGGUCAGUGUCUUGCUGUCGCUCAGCCAAUCGGACCCAAGGGUUACGUCUCCAUGGCGAUAUGUGACGCAUCGCAGACGCAGCAAUGGCAGCUAGAGAACUGAGAACAAUGACAUCACAUGAUCACAUGACGGACGGACAUAUUUUAGUGACUCUUUAAUCAUUUGUCUUUAAUCGUUUUCAGUGUUUUUUCGUUUUUAUCGAUCAGCUGAUUUGAAUGUUUUUAUGUUUUUAAGAAGAUAUCAGUUCGGACUGAAACGCUGCAUGGAGACGGUCCGACAUAUCCUGGAGUAUUUUAUUCUUUUUCUUUGGGAGGGAGAGGGAUUCCUGGAACCAGCAGACUCUUUAAACAGACUUUGAAAGUCCUGGAAAACCUUGAAAGUCCUGGGGAAGACACUGUGAAGUUAGGACCGGGAGGUCCUUGUUUUACAGGACCUGGAAAAGUAUUUAUUGAACAGAUGAACCAAACCUGAAUGAGCCUGGAGUCUCAGCGACACCUGAGUGAGGUGACUGUGUGCUGACAGUAUUACUGAACAUAUCUGCAGAUUUUCUCCUUUGAAACAUUUCAGCGUCAAUAAAGUUUAAAACUGAAGUUUAAAAAAACAGUUUCACCUUCAUCUUUAUCAAACGAUUCCUGAGACCUAAAAAAAAUGAGGUUAAAGGGACAUUCCGGCGUAAAAUUAAUUAAGGGUCAAACCCACCGUAACACCGAGUUAGACCCCCCCUCCAGAGAUGAAUGUUGCCGACCGCUUGCUUCUCUAGUUAUACCAACUUUAGUAACGACCGCAGGAUAGAAAUACAGAGAGCCACGCCCUCAACCAAAACGCCACUCUAUAGUCACAAAUAAUGCUCAGAACAGCACCUAACUUCAUCAACAGGACAUAUAGGGUCACAGCCACGGACUACAGCGGGGUGCCGCAGCUCAAGGAAGAACAUUUCUGAUCAUUUCUUUAUCAUGUCAGAAUGUGGUUUGGGAUCAAAUGAAGGUCUUGUCUGGAUGGACGCAGAUGUUCGUCCUAAACCUGGAGAUAUUGUUUAAAACUAAGGACACAGCAUCUAUGAUUUCCAGUUCUACGUUGAAAGGACAACUGGACUUACUUGAAACGUCUCAAGUAAGUCCAGUUGUCCUUUCUGAAAGAGUGUUAUUACAGCUUCUGAACACCAGGUGUCACUGUUCUCAAAAUAACCAUCAUCACAUCCCAGUGGUCCUUGAGCAGCUCUUAAAGAGUUUUUGAAAAAGUUCCACUCAUCUUUAAUAUUUCCCAGGAGUCCUUGUGUAGUUGUUAGUGAGCCUGGAGAAAAUUCCAGGACUUGAGGAUGUCUCUGAAGGACUUGUUGAAGCCGCAGGAGUUCCAGGUUUUAAGAAGGUCCUUGAAUUUGGUUCUUUUGGAAGUUUUGGUGUUUAUGAAAAUGUUCCAGGAGUCUUGGAGAACACGUGGGUGUUUCUGAUGUGAAUUCAAGGCCCUGGAGAAGUUUCAGUGAUUCCCUUUUAGAGUUUAAAGUCCAGGAGGUUCAAGGAGCCUUGAAAAAAACACUCAUCCUUAAGGGAUUUCCAGGUCCUUAAAGGGUUCCCAACAGCUUAUGACAGGACAGUUAAUGCAGUUAAAACUUCCUGUCGACCAAACAAUAAAACACAGCUGACCACAGAGAUCAAUACUGUGUGUGUGUGUGUGUGUGUGUGUGUGUGUGUGUGUAUGUGUGUGUGUGUGUGUGUGUGUGUGUGUGUGUGUGUGUGUGUGUGUAAUAAGAGUGUAAUUGAUGGCUUCCAGUGAUUCAGCCUCUGAAAUAAUUAGCUUUCUCUUCUCGUCAAUACUCUGCAGGCAUUUACACACACACACACACACACACACACACACACACACACUAAUUAACCUUAUUGACCUCACUGUUAGAGUUUAGGGACCACUUGAGUUUAUUGAUCAGCCCUAUGACAGCACACACACACACACACUUACAGACACUGAUUGUGUUUUAUGAAAUAAUCUGAAUUUUUACAUUUUUCACUCUUUAACACUAAAAACAAACUCCGUCCUCACCUGGACUUUCUCUCAGGUGGGUAAAUGUCUCCUCCUUACAGCUGUUCUAAACCUCUUCGUGUUGACCAGACUCCAUUUUUAAGUCCUGUUAACCAGACUGGAAUCAGAACCAGGACUUUCAAAUGGCCUUUCAGUGUUCGGUCUCAGCUGAGAAUCAGCUUUAUGUCUGAGUCUCAGUUUCACUGUCUCUCCAUCUGUCCCUGUAAUCUCACUGUCUGAUAUGUCAACCUGACUGAGUCUCAUUUUCUAACUCUGUCUGUCUCUACUGAGUCUCAGUUUUACUGUAUCGUGAUCCGUCUGGGUCUGAGUUUUACUGUCUCUCCAUCUGUCUGAGUCUCAGUUUACUGUAUCAUUAUCUCUCUCCACUGGGUUUUUGUUCCUGCUGAGUCUCCGCUCUCUCCUUCUUAUUUCAUGGAGUCUCAGUUUUCUGUAUCAUGAUCAAACUUUGCGGACUCUCAUCACUGUACUUCUGUAUGUUAUUAUCUGGUCUCAGUUACAAUGUUAAUGUGUCUGUCUCACUAAAGUCUCAGUUUGACUGUGUCUCUGUUGGUCUCCGCUGUCUCUUCAUUGUUUAUGUAACUCCGUCUCUCUCUGCUGGCUCUUGGUUUACGUCCAUCUCCACCUGACUCCACUGAGUCUCAGUUUCACUGUGUCUUCAUGUGAAUGAAUCUGCUGCAGAUGAGAGUUUGAGUUUGUUUUUGGCUCAGAGACCCAAAGUUCUGCAAAAACAAACCGGGUCAAAGUGGAACCUGGUCCUGCAGAAAACCUUUAAAUACUCUGAAACUAUUACGGCUCUCAUCCUCCUCUUUUUUCUCUCUUGACCGAGGUUAACUGUGUGUGUGUGUGUGUGUGUGUGUGUGUGUGUGUGUGUGUGUGUGGUAAUCAGCACUAAGUGGAGUGUGUUUCUGGACGGAGACGAUCAGCCGCCUGCAGAGAAUCAAUACGGAGAUCAAUACUGAGAAUGGAGGGAGAUCUAACAGGUCAUUAUGUGGUUGUGUGUGCGUGCGUAUGUGUGUGUGUGCGUGUGUGUGUGUGUGUGUGUGUGCGUGUGUGUGUGUGUGUUCCAGACCUCGUUAUGUUAAACAUGUUUAUACAAACAGUGAAGUUUGUGUGUUUGUCUGACGGUCAGCUGAACUUUCUGUUUGAGACGCCGAGUUCGGGUUCAAGCUGUGGACACAGACACGGACACAAAAUACACAAACAAGUACACACAGAGAGACUCACAAAUUUAACAACAGGAUCAGUCUUUUACCUCCAUCCCGUCCUCGCCAACACCUUCAACACGCCCAGCACGGCGUCUUACUGUUACACAUAAUCGUGUUAAACACACACAUACACACACACACACACAGCUUGAGUUUCAGAGUGUAAGUGUGUCGGUAAGAUGAUCUGACCUCACACACACACACACACACACACACACACACACACACACACACACACACACACACACUUUCCUGUCAGAGUAUAAAAACACUAACCACCAACAGUGUUUGUUUGUCUUCAUCACCGUCUUCUGAGUCUCUGGAUCUGAGGAUCGGCCUGAAACUCUGCUGAGGUCUUAAUGACGCCCAGACCGCUUCCAUCGAGGACUUGAGCUGGUCUGAGUUUUUAAGGUCUAAACCAGGUGACUUAUGGCCAAUCAGGUAUUAAAGGGAUAUCCCAGCGUAAAAUUACUUUAAGGUGAAACACACUGUAACACUGAGUAAGACCCCCCCUCCAGAGAUGAAUGUUGUCGACCGCUUGAUUCUCUAGUUAUACCAACUUUAGUAACGACCGCAGGAUAGUAAUACAGAGAGCCACGCCCCCAACCAAAACACCACUCUAUAGCCACAAAUAAUGCUCAGAACAGCACCUAACUUCAUCAACAGGACAUAUAGGGUCACAGCCACGGACUGCAGCGGGGUGCAGCAGCUCAAGGAAGAACAUUUAUGAUCAUUUCUUUAUCAUUUCCUUGAAGUAAUAAUCACCAUAUUAAUCACUUUGAACUGCAGAUGCGGUAGUUCUUCUGUCUUAAGGUCUCUGUCUGAUUGUAUUUCCAUGAAAAAACGAUCAUAAAUGUUCUUCCUUGAGCUGCGGCACCCCGCUGUAGUCCGUGGCUGUGACCCUAAAUGUCCUGUUGAUGAAGUUAGGUGCUGUUCUGAGCAUUAUUUGUGGCUAUAAAGUGGCGUUUUGGCUGAGCGCGUGGCUCUCUGUAUUGGUCGGCAACAUUCAUCUCUGGAGGGGGGGUCUAACUCGGUGUUACAGUGUGUUUGACCCUAAAUUAAUUUCAAGCCUGAAUUUCCCUUUAACGUGGUCGGUAAACCGGUCUGUGGUGGUUUUUGGACGUCCUGUCGACUGAAUCAGGACUUCAUUUUCACUCUAACCUGUUAUUUCUUCUCUUUGUGUCUGAACAGACGGAUGAAGAAUAGCAGGAUGACGGCUGAUCGGAGGAUGAUGGACGUCUAAAUGAACAGAUGAUGGAUUGAUUGUCAGGCUGGCGGUGGCGUGCUGAAUGUUUCCGUGCUGCGUUCAAAGACCGAUCGGUCCUGUUCUGGUGGUCAAUACGGAGUAGUGAGCGUGAUUGGAAGCAGCUCAGGCUCUGAUUGAUUUCAGUUCAUCAUCAGGGGAACAUAAACCAGACCGUGUCUGAGUAUCGGCUCGGCACCAUCUACUGUCAGACACACAAACACCUGAUCCGUUUACAUAUUUAUCAUUUAUGAUUCACAUUAUCGUACAAACACACACCUGAGCCUCCUCUCUACCUGCUACACCACCAGACUGUCUGUAUAAAUACUGAACUCUGAUUGGUCUAAACUCCAAACAGCUUUAAACACUCAGUAAUCACGACCACAUUUGUCAUAAUCAAUCUGCGUUGAUGUUUCCGACACAUUUCGCGAUCUUUUAUUGCAAAAUGACUCCUGGCCCUGGACGAUCACUCCAUCUGUGUGCAGAUCCUUUUCACAACAAACAGAUUUUUUAAAGAGAAAAGUCUGUCUUGAUUUUUAUUAUUACAUCUAAACUGGACUUUAGUUGGUGAGCAGGACCCUGGCAGGGAGUGGGGAUCGAAAACUGGCUCCAAAUCAGAUCUGGUUCCAACGAGUUUGAGCCACUGACACCAUUGUCUACCUUAUUGAUGCCUUCCACUUAUUUCUGCAAAACAAUGAAGUGAUGCGUUUCAGGAGGAAGUCAAAGCAAAUAACAACCGAGGAUGUAAUCAUGUCAGACAGGAAACAGGAGCGGUCCAAAAAGCUGCGACACUGAAUAUUCUUGUUCUUACAAUUCAAGGUCAAAAUCCCCAAAUGGUACCGAACUGACUUACUGUAAAAUCUACUGACUUUGUGAGACCGGCAGCUUUACAGCGGUGAAACAUGUUGACGGACGGAUCCAGUCCCUUGAAAAACGAAGGUCAUCCGAUGAUUCAUGUUGUAAGAUUCAUGUAUUAAUUUUAAUAAACCUCAUAAUGAAAUUUCUGUUUUUAACACAGAGAAUCUGUUUAAACUUCCUUUUUUUGUUCUCAGAAGUGAAGAUUGGACUGAUGAAGAUCUGGACCGUGAAGCAUCACGGCGCCAGAGUCGGUAAUGUCGAAUCUUAACUUAUUCAUCCUGAAAGGAAACUCAUUUGUUCUCUGUACAUUGUCUCAUAUUUAUUCAGACAUCACACACAUUUAUCUUCAACAUUAUCAAACAGAAAUGAGAAAAAAAUAAGUUUAAAGAAUUUAAACUUUCAGAGUUUGAUUGGAAGUCAAAGUUCUUCAGUUAUUAAUCAUCUCUCUCUCACUCCAGCAGGAAACACGACGUUUCUGCUGCAGCAGCUGAUCUGACAUCACUGAUGAAGAUAAUGAUGGUGAUGAUGAUGGUGAUGAAGAUGGUGAUGAAGAUGAUGAGGUCAGCUGUUUGGUUCGAUGGCUCCAGGCCAUGAAGAACCUCGACCUCCUUUUCUCUUCCUCUGUCACAGUUUGUUUCUUCAGCUAGCUGUUAGCUUAGCUUUAGUUGUUAGCCUAGCUUUAGCUGUUAGCUUAGCUCCAUCUUAGGCCCCCCCAAAGUCAAACUGUGGAUAACUUUUAGCCUAGCUAAGUAGAAAGUUGAUAAGUGGAGUUCAUGACCCUUCAGCAGACUCUGCGUUUAUCUUAACUGGGUCCUUCAGAUACCCAGACUGAAGGCUGAGCCCAGCAGUCCUUGGAGGAAGUCCCACUUCACCUGUCACCAGUGUUCCCAGUCUCAUUCAUCUGGUCACUGACCACAGCUCCUGUCGGUAGGACAGGGUUGGAACGUGGAUUUGUGGGGCGGCAGUAGUUCAGGAGGUAGAGCGGUCGUCCAAUAACUGGAAGGUUGGCGGUUCGAUUCCCCCCUAUCCCGAGUCUGUUCAUUGUGUCCUUAGGAAAGACACUUAACCACUCUGCUCCCAGUGUGUGUCCUCCACCUGUGUGUGUGUGUGAUUGUGAGUGUUGUGUGUUGGUGGUCGGGAGGUCAUAGGCACAAACUGGCCGCCAUGUUUCCAUCUGUCUGCCCCAGAGCAGCUGUGACUACUAAGGUAGUUUACCACCACCAGGGUGUGACUGUGUGAAUGAAUGAAUGAAUGAAUGAAUGAAUGAAUGAAUGAUGGAUCCAUGUAAAGAGCUCUGAGGGUUUCUGAUAAAGUGUUAUAAACAAACCUGAAGCAUUAUUAUGAUUAUUAUGAUUAUUAUUAUGAUUAUUCUUGGUUGGGAAAGACUUGGUCUUCAGUCUCAGGACUCACUUCACUACGUCAGUCCAGCUCAGUGUCGGCAUUACUGCUGAUUCAGCACCAAUCCAUCUGAAAAUCUCUCAAUCAAUUUUUACCCCAGUCUUAACAAGACCCACGACACGUGGACCGGGUCUGACACAUAGUCACAGCCGGGAAAAAUUCACUCCCAACGACCCGAGGGAGAAAUCCACGGUUUUCCAGAAGUGAAUCAGAAUCAGAAAUACUUGAAUAAAAUAAAUGGUUUCUGUCACAGUAACUCCAGAGCAAAUACAGUAAAAGAGGAGAUAAAUAAUAGAUCAAUAAUAGAUCAAUAAAAGAUAUAAUUGAUAAAACAUCUAUCUAUCUAUCUAUCUAUCUAUCUAUCUAUCUAUCUAUCUAUCUAUCAUAUGCAUGUGAAACUGUGACUGAGGGCGUCAGAGUCUCUGAGGGAGGAGUUAAAAGGUCUGAUGACCACAGGCAGGAAAGAUUUCCCGUGGCGCUCCGUGGUUCAUCGUGGAGUGAGGAUCCUUCUGCUGAAGGUUCUCCUCCUCUGUAGGACCACUUCACUGUGGAGAGGGUGAGAGACAUGGUCCAGUAUGGGGUGGAGCUUGGACAGCAUCCAGGGAGUCCAGCUCCACCCCGACAACAUCACUGCCCUGAACUGGAGCGUUCAGCCGUUCCCUCUCUUCCUGCCCCUCUGGAUCAUGUGGUUCUGUGUCGUUUUAGUCUGUUCUGUUUGGGUUGGAGGCCGCAGGUCCAACUCAACACAUGAUGAUAGAAACAGAACCACAUCAUCUGCAAAAGAGAAGAAACACCAGACACCUCCUCCCUCUGA